AUGGGUCGGACCGUCGACCAGGAAGUUCACGCGGCGUUUGUCGAGUUCCGCGCCAAGGAAGACGAUAAGUGUCUUUCCGUCCAGUGUAUCUACUGCCAGCAGAUUCGCGCAAAGAACACCUCGCGCCAGAAGCAGCACCUGCUUGAGUGUCCCGGUCUCCGCGGCCACACCAAUCCCCAGGCCCAGUCCCAGUCCGCCCCCUCUGCCCCGAAUGGCAUCGCUGCUGCCAAUGGAUACCCUCCCACCCCGAAUGGUGCUGCGGCCACCGCGCCGGGUGCUGGCCCUGGGCCCGGUGCUCUCGCGACUCCCAACGGUCCCAUGAUGUCGAACGGUGUCAAUACUCAUGCUACUCCGAUGCAGACGCCAUUGCAGAACAUGCAGAGUCGCGCCUCGCUCCCGACAUCAGGCCCAGCCGCAACCGCCUCCACGGUCUCUGCCACCCAGCAGGCAGCUCGUGCCACUCCCAAAGCGAAGCCCAAGAACUCGACCUCGAACCUUCCUGCCCCUCCCCUCGAUGAUGUUCAUGCCGCGUUCGUGGAGUUCCGUGCCAAAGAAGAAGACAAGUGUCUUUCCGUUCAAUGCAUCUAUUGCCAGCAGGUCCGCGCAAAGAACACCAGCCGUCAGCGUCAGCACCUACUGGAAUGCCCCACCUACCUCAGUGUUAUGAAAGACUCCAUCCCCGCAAACAACCUUCUUCAUACUUUCCCCGAAGGCGACGUGGCGCGUUCCCUGCAGAUCCCCGCGCCUACCCUGGAACUGGACUUCCGCAUGAGCAUUAAGAUGAACCCGAAGGUGUCUGUUGGUGAAAGUAUUUGGGGUCAACGUGAUUGGGUAACAUUUGUCGGUGGUCAGUGGGCUGGUCGGUGGGGUAAAGGUGUUGUUCUGCCUGGAGGACAAGACUCGCAAAUUGUGACCAAGGAAUCAUCUACACAUCUCCGAGCGAGCUACAUGCUCCAGACCGCCGACGAUCCCCCCGCAUACAUCGUCGUGAAGACCAACGGCUGGUUGACCGGAGCCAAGGAUAUUCUGGACAAGGUCAAUGACCCCGGUAUGGCGGAUAGCAUCAACCCCAAUACAUACAAAUAUCGCAUCAACUUGAACAUGGAAACUGGAGACGAACGUUACGCGUUUUUGAACACUCUGAUGUGGAUCGGAAGUGGCUGCCGCAGGGGCCACGAAGUCAUCUUUGAUGCAUUCCGCGUCAACUAA